GAGACACUGAUAGAUUGGUGUGAUGAAAAAGAACUUAAUUUGAUUUUAACUACUGGAGGAACAGGCUUUGCACCACGAGAUGUCACUCCAGAGGCCACUAAAGAAGUAAUAGAGCGAGAAGCUCCAGGGAUGGCCCUGGCAAUGCUGAUGGGAUCACUUAAUGUUACUCCUCUGGGCAUGCUCUCUAGACCUGUGUGUGGAAUCAGAGGGAAAACUCUCAUAAUUAAUCUGCCAGGUAGCAAGAAAGGGUCACAGGAAUGCUUUCAGUUUAUACUGCCAGCCCUACCUCACGCCAUUGAUCUUUUGCGGGAUGCCAUUGUAAAAGUAAAGGAGGUACACGAUGAGCUCGAAGAUCUACCUUCACCACCACCUCCUCUUUCUCCUCCUCCAACCACCAGCCCUCACAAGCAGACAGAAGACAAAGGAGUACAGUGUGAGGAAGAGGAGGAAGAGAAGAAGGAUAGUGGAGUUGCCUCAACAGAGGACAGUUCUUCUUCACAUAUAACGGCAGCAGCCAUUGCAGCUAAGAUUCCAGAUUCCAUCAUCUCUCGUGGUGUUCAGGUGCUCCCACGUGAUACAGCCUCCCUCAGUACUACUCCUUCAGAGUCUCCUCGUGCCCAGGCCACCUCUCGUCUUUCCACUGCAUCCUGCCCAACACCAAAAGUAAGUACACUUAUGCCUUGCAAGCUUCAUGCUCAGACAUAUAAUCUAUCAGAUUAAUGUAUUGGCUCUGCUGAUCAAGGUUGGUUCGCAUGCAAGGGUUGUAUCAUUCUAAGUAAUAGAUAAAAAUGCAAGACAGUAUAGUUCAUUCCAUGUAUAGUGUUUCACAGUUUAAUAUGUGGGUCCACCAAUAUGUUAUGGUUACUGAAGUUUCAUGUUAUCUCUUGCAAUAUCAAUCAUGAAUACGAAAUUGUUAACACCUCAAAUGUCUUGAAUAUCCCCAGGAACAUAGAUAAUCCUGCCACUGAGUAACAACAUUAAGCAAGUAGUAUUUUCUCAACAAAAUGUAUGUGCAAAUUUCUAGCCUGGGCUGGGGCAGUUCUGUGCCCUGCUUUAUUUUUGGUCGGUUUAAGACACUUUCAAACCAACUGGUUUUGCUCAAACUUAGAUAUUUGCUGCCUGACAUUUGGAAACAGAAAACAACCUAAAUUGAAUAGAAAGAAAGUUUUAAUGCCAACCUUGUGGGAUUAUUAUUCAGUUCUUACUGAUUACGCUAUACUGUUUAAUCAUUGAGGUGAACUCUGUUAUGGUCUCUUUUUAUCAAAC